AUGGCAUCAUCUUCAAAACCAAAAUCGGUCCGUCGUGAUUUGAUGAAUGAAUUAGGCGAGGCCGGGGAACUAGAGGACGAGCGAUGGGUUGCAAAACCAAAUUAUGACGAAGACGGCGGGGAAGCAAUCGCCGGAGAAGAUCACGGGGGGAAUUGUGCUCCCUGGUACAGAGAAUCGGUGAAGGAAGCGGCGGUGGCAAAUACUGUCUAUGACCAGAAUGAUAAAUGGGCGGAAGCAGAAAAGACGAAUUUGAUUUCGACGGUGAAAUACCAUCACGCCGAGGACACGAAUCUACGGCGAGCGAAGCUGAAGUCGGUAGACCCUUCGAUGGUGGAGGCUGACUUGAAGAAGAAAAAGCCGGUGGAUGCCGUUAAGAAGCGGAGUCUUGCUGGGCCGAGGAAGUUUAUUGGGAAUAAUGGUCUUGUUGGGGGCCUGGAUCAUCUACAACCCAAGUAG